UUUAAAUUUCUUCGCGUGCCACACGGCGGCGGACACCUUGUCCACGCCCAGGUCACGUGCCAAUGAGCGGUGAACCAAUCCUGAGCGAGGACUGGAAACAGCUGACUGUGAACAACAACACACACAUCGCUGUCUCUUCCUGCAGGUGGUGUGGAGUGGACUCCUUCACGUAGCUCACAAACUUCCAGAACACCUCCUCUAUGAGGGCCGGUGUCUGGCUCCGGCCAUAAUGAAGAUUUAACGCCUUUUUUUUUUUUACCCUAUACCUCCCUCGAGAAGAAGAGGGACUUGGCGCAACCCCUCCAGCGAAGACUCAGAGAGCUUUUGAGCUCCAUCCCAGAACCAGCCGCACAAUGGCCCCGUCCCUCAUCCAAGCUUGCCGCAGUCUGGCUCUCUCGACGUGGCUGCUAUCGUUCUGUUUCGUCCACUUGCUGUGUUUGGACUUUACGGUUGCAGAGAAAGAGGAAUGGUACACUGCUUUUGUAAAUAUCACCUACCGGGACCCAGCCACUUCGGAUGUGAAGACAGAGAAAACAGAGUGUGGGCGCUAUGGCGAGCAAUCCCCCAAGAAAGAAGCCAGAGGACUGGUUCUGGUUCCAUCCGUACUGCAGGACAGGCAGGCGUGCGACCCCAACGUCAGAUUCCCACCUGUCUCUCCCAACACCGCCUGGGUAGCUUUGGUUGCUGCGGGGAACUGCACAUACCGGGAGAAAAUCCGGAACGUCGCAAACCACAACGCCUCUGCAGUUGUCAUAUACAAUGUGGGCUCCAGCAGUGCCAACGACACCAUCACAAUGCCCCAUCCAGGUACAGGGGAUGUUGUGGCCAUCAUGAUCCCAGAGCCUAAAGGUCGUGAGAUUCUGGCCUUGCUGGAGCAGCACAUUGCGGUCACAUUGCACAUAACCAUAGGAACCCGCAACCUGCAGAAGUACGUGAGCAGAACGUCUGUGGUGUUCGUCUCCAUCUCCUUCAUCGUUCUCAUGAUCAUCUCCCUCGCCUGGCUUGUCUUCUACUAUAUCCAGAGGUUCCGCUACGCCAAUGCACGAGACCGCAACCAGAGACGUUUGGGAGAUGCUGCCAAAAAGGCCAUCAGUAAGCUGCAAGUACGCACUAUAAAGAAAGGAGACAAGGAAACUGAGUCAGAAUUCGACAACUGUGCAGUUUGUAUUGAAGGUUAUAAACCUAAUGAUGUUGUAAGGAUAUUACCAUGCAGGCAUGUGUUUCAUAAGCACUGUGUAGAUCCAUGGCUACAAGACCACCGGACGUGUCCCAUGUGUAAAAUGAACAUCCUCAAAGCUUUGGGAAUCCCUCUCAGCGCUGACUGUUCAGACGAAGUUCCUCCAGACUAUGAGACAUCUGUCGGGGGUCCACCCACCAACGCCAUCAGUGGAGCGAGUGAAGUCACAGUUAAUGAGAGCUCUGUGGUUCUGGAUCCUGCUGGGAGAGCAAUAGGCCUUCAGCAGCUUCAUCCAGAGGCAGCACCUCAGGCAGGGGAGGAGAACUACGUCAUCGCCGGCAGUGAGCACCAGCCCCCUCUCAGCAGCGAUUCAGAGUCCUCUAUCAUCACAGGAGUAGAGGUAGGCAUGUCUGAGAUAGACCUGUCUGUGGAGCAAGGAUGUCAAGGAUGUAAAGUCUGAAAAAGCAUCAAUCACCAGGAAAAGAAAGAGGAGAGCAGGAGCUUCCUCCCCUGCAGGAAGCCACUACUCAGAAGACAGGCAGGCGAGCAAUAGAACAACAACACAAAAACACCACGUUCUAUCGUUACUGCAUCUGUGGACUUGUUGCUUGCUCGUUUUUCUGGCAGUCCAACUUUUACCUGGGUUUUUUUUUUGUUGGUUUGACUGCCAUAAGGACCUCACAGCCAAUCACAGCUCACACAUGGUGGUGGCCCAGUUUUAGUCCAAGUUCCAUACACACACAAAAAACCACCACAUAUUGACAGAGAUGUCGUAGUCGUUCAAAGACCUGAGAAGGCAGAAUUUGUCUUUACACGCUCUGGCAAUUUAAACCUGCUGCUGGACACAAUGUUUGCACAAGAGCAGCAGGGAGCUCCUGAAAGCCAGAUCGCAGCUGGAGUUAUUAUAAAAAUAUGUCCAGAUUGUUUGACUUUUUUUUUUGGUAUGAGAUCACUGCCAAACUAUUCCAGAAGCAAGUUUUACUUAUGUGGUGGAUUCAAAGCACGUACAAAGUGUAUUUCAGCUAUUUUUUUAACAGUUGGUGUGUAUUUCCACCAGCAUUUACAGAUACAGACUUACAUGUGACUUCCACUUCAAAGGCGCCGGUCUUUGAGUACAUGUGGUCAUGUGACAUUAAGGAGUUGAAAUAUGUAUGCACACGUUAUGCUGUAAUUUCUAAAUAUACCUGUUCCUUGUAAUGUUUUGUGGAACCCUUAUAUAGAACUUUAUAACAACUGAAUAUUCCUGCUGUUGAGAGGAACGAAACCACAGACACACAAACACACACACACUAACACAGAGUAGAUAUUCCUGUCUUCACAUUUGACAAUCAUAGCUUACCACAAGCAGUUUGAAGUGAUGUCACCCACUGCCCUGAUGAAACUGCUGCUGAUUUACAAGUCCUCUCAACACAAGACGUGGAUGAUUAUUCUCUGCCAUCUGUCUGAAGGUCGAUGGUUGUGUGUAUGUUAACACUGCUGCUAAACAGCUGGAAGUAGCAGUUGUCUCGUCCAGAUUUUGGAGGUAUGCACACUGUGUUGACGACAUUUGUUAAACCAGCCAUUAUAAAUAUGUCAGCAAGUCUCUGUGCCAAGAUUAUUAGUGGUAUUUUAAACCUGGUCGUUGUCUUUCAAGCACACUGAAACUGAAGAAAUACAGUUACAAAGGGACUACUUCCAGUUACAAAAUGGAUUACAUUUGAAGUAGUCAUGGAUUGGUUUUUAUGGCUUAACUUUUCAACACUGGAAGAUGCCGCUCAAGUUUAAAGGUUGCUGAAAGAUGGUCUAUCAGUUUACUUCCCACUAGGUUAAAAAGGCAGGCAAACAUUUUCUAUAUAUUUCUAUAAAGGUUUUGUUGUUACCACUCUGAAGACCAUUUUUUUAAAAGCACCAGCCAUUUUUUUUUAACUACCCUCAGUGAGCCAGCACCUUCAGGUGGCUUAUCCGAAACCUUACUUUAAAACAGAAUUAUGACAAAAGUCACAAGAAGGUGUUUUCUUUUAAAUAUAUUUUACUUGCAGUGAAAGUCAAAAUUGUAAAUUGAGUUGCUUGUACUUGUACUUGUCAACUUGUACUGUGUGCAAAAGCAGUGAUGUCUAACACACUCACUAAGACACAAGGAACUUGCAGCUCCAAAGUUGGUUGAGAGAAACAGCUGUUUAGCGUUGGUUGUAUGCCAAAAAGAAGAUGUAAAGAUAAUAUUUUGAGACUGAGCCGGCUUAAUGUGGAUGUAGUCUCAUCUCUCACUCCAAAUGUAAAGCUGACUGUUAAUUCAAGUCCUCGAACAGUUUGUAAUUUUUCCCUUUCCUUUUGUAGUUCUACUGUAGUCAUUUUCAUCACUUCCUUUAUUUUUGACGUUUUCUCUAAUGUCUUAUUUGAAAAGACCCAGUAGGAUCCAAAGCUCUGGAUCUGGCUCCUCUCACAUUCCUGUUGACUUGCACACUGAUGAAGCACAGACUCACUGACUCAGUCCAAGGAGCCGGUGGAAUUUUAACUGUUUUUUUUUUUUUUUUGUUUCCAGUCAUUGUUUCCAUUAUGUCCUGCUGCCACCUGGGACUCCUGUUAUAUAACACACAUGUGAACACUCCUUGGUUUAAGUCAAUCAUUGAAGAAUCAUCAAAUGUAGAGGGAAAUAUUUCAUAUUGUUGGUUUUUGGAGGGGCAUGUUGUAAUUCUUUGUGUCUUUAAGUUUUUUUUGUGUUGUUGCUUAUAGCAAUUUGAUGCCCAAAGACAAAACUUAAUAGAUACAAUUAACUGCUAAAGAAAAGGGAAAAAAGCUUUCACAUUACCUCAAUUUAUAUUCAACUUUUAGACCAGCUCAACAUGCAACCUACCAUUUCAACAUUACCAAAACUUGUGUGAGCAUUAAGGAAGCACUCAUGAAUGUACAUUUUCAUCACUUAUUUUACCUCUUGCUAUACAUCUUUUCUGUGAUGAAUAUAUAGGAGGAUGAUUGUAGUUAUUGCCAGUACAUAACAGACACAGGUGCUUAAGUCUCAGCCAGCCUAAUCUGGACCUUUUAAGCCUCCUGUAUGUUACAUCAACUCACUUAGAUAAUAAGAAAGCACAGUCCAUAACGAAAAACUUAACAGCAUCAUCUGUUUCUCUCCUCGUCUUCUCUCUUUGUUAAUGUAAGUCCACUCUUCCAUGUCAGUCUUUACUAUAAGUCCUCACUUUUCCACACCAACACAACAAGCACUGUCUCCAUCCGUUUGUUUGGUAGACAUAGAAACAAGAAACGGCACAAUACGUCUUUUUUUAAGUGCCAGAUAACUCGUCCACUGUUAAUGUAGAGAUGGUUUAAAGCAUCCUUUCUACAGUGUAACUUAACAAUGAUGGGAGUAGGCUUUAAGGUCAUUUAUCAGAUUUGUUUUUCUUGCUUGUUUUGUUUGCUUUUUCUAUGUUUCAGCAACUCCCUUUAAGGACAAAUCAGAACUCAGAUCAGUUAUAAGACAUAAAGUAAUUCUCCCAAAGCAUAACAUUGUUUGUUUUUUGUGCAUUCAACAGGUUUUCUGGAAAUAACUUUUUAAUUUGGUACUAAUUUGGGAGUAAGAACAAUUGAUUGAAUAAAAAAGCUUGGUUUAUAUUGACAUAAGUGGCAAACAUGUCCAAAUUUGUCUAUUUAGGGAUUUGAACCUAUUUUUUUCCUGAGAUUAUAUCUGAUAAACAGAUAUUGAAAAUACAUUUAAAAGUAAUUUAACCAAAUAUGCACAAGAAGUCUACACAUUCAUCAUUAAUAGUUUCACAAUAUCACAGAUGGUAGUUUGUAAUAACCCAUAUGAGUUUCCUAAACAAUUUGAAAGCAGUUGAAUUGUAAACCUGCCUCCCAAAAUCUAUUCACAUUAUUUUGGUGUGCAGUUGACGAAUAUUUUUGGAUCAUUUUAGGAACUCUCUGUACCAAAUCAUGUUGUUUUCAAGGAAAUUCUCAGAAGUAUUCUGAAAUGAUGGACCUGUAGAACAAAGUGUGGCCCAAGAUAUUUUUUAUCACUUGAAGUUUAUCAAUGCUAUCAAUUCUUUGUUUUGUUCUCUUGUCUCGUUUUCUCCUGUUUGCGUAAACUUUUCUAUACUGCACUUUAACCCUCCGAUGAACGGGGAGCGGCUUUAUUGAAUGACUUGAGAGUCUCUUUGUAUGUACAGCUUUUGAGAAUGAGGGCUACAGUAUUGAACUCGGCACAUGACUCAGUUGUUGCUUAUUUUAUAAUGUUGUGAUCUUUUGUCUGUACGAUUGUGUAUAUGUAGGGUGAGGGUGGGGUAUCGAUAUAUUGUACACUAUACCCAGCAGAUAAAACAGCAAUGCUAUUUUGUAGUAUAAAAGAAUUAUAUGUAUGAUAAAUAUUGUCUCUCUGUCCCUUUUUUGCACUAUGAUGCAUGCAUGGAGUGUGAAGUUGUGAUUGAUUCAGGUUUUUCAAAUGAAUAAACCUUUUUAUGUUA